AAAUUAGGUGAAGAAGAAGUGAUGCACAUCAAGAAACUUAUUAUUAAAACUUUACUUAUCAUGUGCAUAUUAUCUUCAUUAGUUCAAUUAUAUGUGAUAGCUAAUGCUAUCACCUAUAUACGUCGACAAACAACUGAUUGUUGCAUUCAUAUCUUCCUUCUUAAUAUGACCAUUGCCGAUCUUCUUCUCACAGGCUUUGCUUUUCCACUCGAAUUUAUAAUGGAUACGUUUCACGUUCGAUACCCAUAUUACGUGAAUCUUAUGAUGCAUUUUUUAUUGUGGCUUGGCACAUCGGUUUCCGGGCUUAGCCUUGUGCUGAUGAAUUUGGAUAAACUACUCUAUUUUAAAUCACCGUUAAACUAUGCGAGAUGGAUAAAUCCUGGCAAAGCUCAUGCGUUAGCAUUAUCAGCAUGGCUAAUCAGUGCAUUAUUCAUAAACCUUGCGUUGUAUACAGGAGCUUUUGAAUGUCAUUCAAAUUGCGAAGUGCUACGCACUGGUUCUGGGAGCAAGUACGGACCGGUGAUGUACUUGCUCUUUACAUUUUUCGUUAGCGUCUUUCCUGCCAUAUCUUCAUUAACUGUCGCGUUAUAUUUGAUGAGUAUUGUUCGAUCACAUCGCAAACAUAUCGCUGAGGGUUGGUUUCUAAUAAAAAAAUUCAAUAAAUUUAAAAUUGUCCCUAAUGAAGGAACAAAUGGCUUUUUUUUAAGUCAAUCGUUAAGUACAACACAGAAUUUACGAAUAAGCAGUGUACCAAUAAGUCUUUUGAAGCAAUGUGGCAAUUUAAUGAAUCAGUCUAAAAUCAGCCUUUGUUGCAAAAAUGCGAAUGGUGGAGCGAGAAAGAAUCGGGCCUUGCUAUCCAGAAUGCGCACAUUCUAUUUCAUUUUUAUUUCAACAGUAUUCACUUUUCUAACUUUAAUCCCUUAUCGUGUGCUUACAAUCUAUCGGAUUGCCGCUUAUGCGGAUGUUAUUUCUUGUUUUGCCGUCCUUAUUAGUAUUUUCACCUAUUAUAAUAUGGAUCUCAACGCCGUGAGUAAAAUAAUUUUCGAAAAAAACUAA